AUGGGUUUUCAAAUCGCCCAUAUGUGGAAGGCCCCUGAGGUCAACCCGAUCAGCCGGAAAGCUCGAAGUGUGCCAGUACUCAACCCUGUCGACAUCUAUGGUCGUGUUUUCUUCUUCUCCUGGAUGGGUUUCAUGCUCGCUUUCUGGGCAUGGUACACCUUCCCUCCCCUAUUGACUGUCACUAUCAAGAAAGACCUCCACCUUACGCCUGCUCAAAUCGCCAACUCCAACAUCGUCUCGCUAUCGGCUACGUUCUUCCUCCGAUUCAUUACGGGACCACUAUGCGAUCAGUUUGGACCACGACGAGUUUUUGCUUACUUGAUCCUUCUUGGUUGCUUCCCUAUCGGCCUUGCACCCCUUGUCAAGAACGCAACUGGCCUCUACAUCUCUCGAUUCUUUAUCGGUAUUCUGGGCGCGACCUUUGUGCCUUGCCAGGUUUGGUGCACCGGUUUCUUUGACAAGAACGUUGUCGGCACCGCGAAUGCUUUGGCUGGUGGAUGGGGAAAUGCUGGUGGUGGAAUCACCUAUUUCAUCAUGCCUGCUGUCUUCGACUCUUUGGUUGCUCACCAAGGCCUGACCCCCUCCAAGGCUUGGAGAGUGACGUUCAUUGUUCCUCUGAUCUGCUUGAUUGUCUGCGGUGUGGGCAUGCUCCUGCUGUGCCCCGACAGCCCCAUGGGAGACUGGGACGACCAGGCCCAGCAGGUCCGCAAGAACAUGGAAGCACAUGGUGUUUCUACUUCUGGUGAUGUUACACCAGUGGGUACACCAGAUCGCUCAGGAUCGGACGAGGAGAACAGCCCUGGCUGCGAAAAGGACGUCAAGGUUGGUGACCACGAGCAUUCGAUUACACGCAACGAGGCCAUGGAGAUUGCGCAGGGCGAGAUUGUGGUCAAGCCCAGCCUCAAGGAGGCGCUCCCUGUUCUCUACUCUCCUCAGACCUUCUUCCACGUUGCUACCUACGCUUGCUCCUUCGGCGGCGAGCUUGCCAUCAAUGCUGUGCUGAGCGCGUACCUGAAGAAGAACUUCCCGCAUCUGGACCAGACCAAGGCGAGCAACUACGCUGCCAUCUUUGGAUUCCUCAACUUUGUCAACCGACCCCUCGGUGGUGUGAUUGCCGAUAUCCUGUACAACAAGUUUGGACGUAACCUUUGGCUCAAGAAGGGAUGGAUCACGGUUUGUGGUCUGUUGACCGGCGCUCUGCUCAUCCUCAUCGGCCGAGUGAACCCGGCCGAGUCCAACGGCGGCACUGUGGGCACCUUUGUCGGCCUCAUCGUGCUCAUGUCGGUCUUCCACGAGGCGGGCAACGGUGCCAACUUUGCGCUUGUGCCGCACGUCCACCCCUUUGCCAACGGUAUCCUGUCAGGACUCACGGGCGGCGGCGGCAACCUCGGCGGCGUCAUCUUUGCCAUCAUCUUCCGCUUCAUGAACCAGGGCAAGGACUUUGCGAUGGGCUUCUGGGUCAUUGGCAUCAUUCACAUUGCGCUCAACCUUGCGGUGUGCUGGAUCCCUCCCCUGCCCAAGGGACAGGUUGGCGGUCACUGA